AUGUAAAGAAUUCAAGCACUUUCCAACUAGUUCAAUCCUACUAUUGCUCCCCCUGCUGGCAAUGUUACUUAUCCAUGGGUUAUGAAAUACCCAGAUUUCUUCCCUUUUGAAUAGGUAGGCAAUCUUAAAGGCAAAACCGUCAUAAUUAGUGGAGGAUCAAGAGGCAUUGGAUUGGCUAUUGGAAUUAGAGCUGCCAAAGAUGGUGCUAAUGUUGUCAUACUUGCCAAAACAGUAGACCCACAUCCUAAGUUACCAGGUACAAUUGCAUCUGCUUGUGCUGAAAUUGAAAAAGCAGGAGGUAAGGCAUUGGGAAUUCAAUGUGAUAUCAGAUUUGAAAAGGAUAUUUAAGCUGCUGUAUAAAAAACUGUUGAAACCUUUGGUGGAAUUGACAUAGUUGUGAAUAGUGCUAGUGCAAUAUCACUUACAGAUACAGAAUCUACAGACAUGAAGAAAUAUGACUUAAUGCAUCAAAUCAAUACUAGAGGAACGUAUUUAAUGAGCAAGACUUGUAUUCCUUAUCUUAAGAAAUCCUCUAAUCCUCAUAUUCUCAAUUUAUCACCUCCUCUAAGUAUGUAAUCCAAAUGGUUUGCCCCACACAUUGCAUAUACUAUGGCUAAAUAUGGAAUGAGUAUGUGUGUCUUAGGGAUGAGUGAAGAAUUCCGAAAUUAAAUUGGAGUGAAUGCCUUAUGGCCAAGAACUUCAAUUGCAACAGCUGCAGUUCAAAAUGUUUUAGGUGGGGACUCUAUGAUGUAAGCAUCUAGAAAUGUGGAAAUUAUGGCUGAUUCUGCACAUGUUAUAUUAACAAGUUGUCACAAAAAGACUACAGGAAACUUUUUCAUUGAUGACGAAGUCUUAGCGAGUGUUGGAGUCAAAGAUUUUAGUAUAUACAGAUGUGAUCCAAAGUUCUCGGAUUCAUAAUUAGCACCUGAUUUUUUUAUUUGA